UCCGUAAAAGAAAAAUAAACACAUCUUUCUCUUUCUGCCUACACAUCGCAUCGGCCGGCGCCGCUGCACCGGAUCUCUCCCGAAGUCGAAGCAUCUUCCUCCACCGCAGCAGAACCAUGGCAGCGCCGCGCCGCUCUCUCCUCCUGCUCCUCCCCCUCUUCCUCCUCCUCUCCCUCUCCCUCUCCACCGCCUUCCAGUCCGACGAGCUGCUCCUCCACGACGACGACGAGUUCGAGGGCGUCCGGGCAUCCUCCACCCCGUCCCAGCCGCUCUCGCCGCCGCUGGUCGCCUCCACCCGCCGCCGAUCCGCCGACGCGACCCAGGCGUCGGGAGCCUCCGAGUCUAACACUGUCCAGUUCACCCUCGAGCACGACCUCGGAUCCGGCGUAGGGUUCGUCCCCGCGGGGUCCUUCUCCGCGCGCCUCAAGUCCUCCGCCCACGGCUCUCAGACUCUUACUAAGCUUCGCUUUACGAGGAAUGAGUUGAUGGAGGAUGAAAAAGAUGCAUUCAAGCAAUUAUUAAACGAAGAUGGUUUUUAUACCGUUAGGCUACCGUCUAAUGUGCUCGAUCCUACAAGAAAAGAUUAUGUUUAUUCCUCUAUCAAAGCUAGAUGUAUUCCACGUGACAGCUUGGAUGAACAUAUUGUUAUCCACAUGGACGGUGUAAAUAUUUUGGCUGUCAAUUAUGGUUCUGUUGGUGGAUGCCAAUAUCCCCGCCCAAUGAAAGUCCCAUCAAAAUGGACAUUCAAUUCCUACACUGUUCUGAAGACUGCUGAACAAGCACCAAGAACUCCAUCAUUUGUAGAACAAUUAAUAGAAGCCGACAGUGGACUUGGUGAAGUGAUGAAACCACCCGAGAAAACUUUCUGGGCUAAAUAUUGGAUGUACAUAAUUCCUCUUGGUCUCAUUGUCAUGAAUGCUGUCACGGCAGCAGCAAACAUACCGGAGGAGCAAGCUGGAGGGCAGGGUCAACCUGCAGCACAAAGGGCACCAAUUGCUGCUCCAAGGAGAAGAUGAGGGCUGCCUACCUAUAUGUUUCCUAUGUCAUAGGUACUUUAUGUGUCUAGCUAUUUCUCUAUCGUAUUUUUUGUGCUCUGUGAUCAUUCGACUACGUGCGGUUAUAAGUCAUACAAUGCCUUCCUCUCUCUGUGACCUUACCAACUUAGCAACACUUGGCAUCUGCAGAAGUUGCACAUAUCUUCAAACAAUGGACUUGCUGGGGUACAUAUUACUAUUAAUAACCUGGUGAUAUCAAUUAUCAAGUACUUCAGGAUCUAGUCACCUUAGCAGUUCCAAAGCACACCUUAAUUCCAAUUGGCAUAGGUUUCUUCUGAGAGUGCACUCUUGUAUGCGGUGAGAAAUUAUUCUUUUUAUGUCAAUGAGUGAGUAUUCAAUUAGGCUUUGUUUGGAUGUAGAUAUUGAGAGGCUUGGAAUUGAAUUGGGUUGAAUACCAAAUCACCAAGGAAACUGAAUUGGACAUGAAUUCCAAUUCUGUUGUUUA